UAUUGUUUUCAAUUUAUUGUGUUUCUUUGUCAUUGUCCCCCUUUUUCUGACUUCAUUAUCAUUUUUUUUGAGGUACUAAGGAUUGAACCAGUGCCUUCUUACAAAGCUAUAUCUUCAGUCCUUCUUAAUUUUUCUGGGGACAGGGUCUCCCCAAGUUGUUCAGGCUGGGCUCAAAAUUGUGAUUUUCCUGCCUCAGCCUCCCAGAGUUCUGGGAUUAGAGAUAAGAAAGCAGUAAUUCAAAUGCAAUUAUAUAAACAAGAAGAUCAGAGUGGAAUUAUCCUGAAGGGUAUAAAAUGAACCAAGAGUCUGGGUCAUCACAGCAUCAGUUCACCAAUGCAAAGUAAGCAUGCCUGCCAUCUUCUUGAUGUCCCUGCUUUUUGGUCUUAUAUGUGGGCAAGCAAUAUCUUUUUGUAUUCCAACUGAAUAUACAAUGCACAUCGAUAGGAGAGAGUGUGCUUAUUGCCUAAGCAUCAACACCACCAUCUGUGCCGGAUAUUGUAUGACACGGGAUAUCAAUGGCAAACUGUUUCUUCCCAAAUUUGCUCUCUCCCAAGAUGUUUGUAUAUACAGAGACUUCAUCUACAAGACUGUGGAAAUACCAGGAUGCCCACACCAUGUUGCUCCUUAUUUCUCCUACCCUGUUGCUGUAAGCUGCAAGUGUGGCAAGUGUAAUACUGACUAUAGCGACUGUAUACAUGAGGCCACCAAGACAAACUACUGCACCAAACCUCAGAAGUCCUAUGUGAUGGGAUUUUCUGUCUAAUUUUAAUAAUGAUAUAAUUUGCAACUUGGUUAAAUGUGUUUAUCUGGAAUAAAAUAAUAAAAUAUCAUUAUGUUUCACAAUUGAAA